CUGAACCCCAGGUGACUCCUCACCGCCAAAGCGUGUGCCUGUGUUUGUUAGACAAAUACAACCAGGGUCGCCACUUCUUCAGCUCCAAAGUCCAGAGGUGCAGAGAUCCAAGACCAAGAGGCUGCUCACCAGUGUCUGACAACUCGCCAGAGAUGUGGUGCAUUGUUCUGUUUUCCCUUUUGGCAUGGGUUUAUGCUGAGCCUACCAUGUAUGGGGAGAUUCUGUCUCCUAACUACCCUCAGGCAUAUCCAAAUGAAGUAGAGAAAACUUGGGAUAUAGACGUUCCUGAAGGGUAUGGGAUUCACCUCUACUUCACUCAUCUGGACUUAGAGCUAUCAGAGGACUGUGCAUAUGACUCAGUGAAGAUAAUGGCAAGGGACUUUGAAGAAGGAAUACUCUGUGGACAAAGGACCAGCAAGAAUCCCAAUUCCCCUAUUGUGGAAGAGUUCCAAGUCCCAUACAAUAAACUCCAGGUGAUCUUUAAGUCUGACUUCUCCAAUGAGGAACGUUUCACUGGAUUUGCUGCAUACUAUGUUGCCGUAGAUAUAAAUGAGUGCACAGAUUUUUCAGAUGUUCCUUGUAGUCACUUCUGCAACAACUUUAUUGGUGGUUAUUUUUGCUCUUGUCCCCCGGAAUACUUCCUCCAUGAUGAUGGGAAAACUUGCGGAGUCAAUUGCAGUGGAGAGGUGUUUACUACACCAAUUGGGGAGAUUGCAAGUCCCAAUUACCCCAGUCCAUACCCAGAAAACUCAAGAUGUGAAUACCGGAUCCAGUUGGAGGAGGGGUUCCAAGUGGUUGUGACUAUUCAGAGAGAAGAUUUUGAUGUGGAACCAGCGGAUUCAGAGGGCAAUUGCCAUGACAGUUUAGUUUUUGUAACAAGAGAUCAGAGAUUUGGUCCUUAUUGUGGUAAUGGAUUCCCUGGGCCACUGAAUAUUGAAACCAAGAGUAACGCUCUUGACAUCAUCUUUCAAACCGACCAAGAAGAACAAAAAAAGGGCUGGAAACUUCGUUAUCGUGGAGAUCCAAUCCCUUGUCCUAAGACAUCAAUUGCUAAUGCUGUUCGGGAGCCUGAGAAGGCAAAAUAUGUGUUUAAAGAUAUGGUGAAAAUAACCUGCCUAGAGGGGUUUGAAGUUGUGGAGGGAAAUGUUGGCUCAUCCUUUUUCUACUCUACUUGUCAAAGCAAUGGAAAGUGGAGUAAGCCCAAACUGAAUUGUCAACCUGUGGACUGUGGUGCUCCGGAACCCAUCCGGCAUGGUAGAGUUGAAGAACCAGAAGAUACUUUAUUUGGUUCUGUCAUUCACUACACUUGUGAGGAGACAUAUUACUACAUGGAAAAUGAAGGAAGUGGGGAGUAUCACUGUGCUGGCAACGGGAGCUGGGUGAAUGAGGUGCUGGGCACAGAGCUGCCCAAGUGUAUUCCAGUGUGUGGAGUCCCCAGUGAGCCUUUUGGAGGAAUACAGAAGAUAAUUGGAGGAUCCAAUGCAGAGAUUGAGAAUUUUCCCUGGCAAGUUUUCUUCUCAAAUCCGUGGGCUGGUGGGGCUCUCAUCGACGAAUACUGGGUCCUGACAGCAGCCCAUGUUGUGGAGGGAAAUGAAGAUCCAGUGAUGUACGUUGGCUCCAAAUCAGUGCGCACGACGCAACUGGUAAAUGCACAGAUGCUCACUACUGAGCGAGUAAUUAUUCAUCCUGACUGGAAACCCGUGGGUGACUCAGAAACACGAAAGAAUUUUGACAAUGACAUUGCACUAGUGCGGCUGAAAGAGCCAGUGAAAAUGGGACCUAAAGUAUCCCCUAUCUGCCUGCCAGGCCGUAGCCCAGAAUAUAACCCUUCAGUAGGACAGCUGGGACUGAUCUCAGGCUGGGGCCGAACAAAGCCUACUAAGGAUCGAGUUCUCAUACUCCAAGGGGCAAGGGUACCUGUAACUCUCUUAUCCAAGUGCCAGGCGGUGAAGCCAAAGAACUUCAAAGUGGAUACAAAGACCUUCGUUUUCACUGAUAACAUGAUCUGUGCUGGAGGUGAAAAGGGGAUUGAUAGCUGUACAGGAGACAGUGGUGGGGCCUUUGCUGUACAAGACCCCAAUGAAAAGACCCCCAGAUUUUAUGUAGCUGGCCUGGUGUCCUGGGGCCCUGAGUGUGGGACUUACGGGAUCUACACAAAGGUGAAGAACUAUAUUGAUUGGAUAAUGAAGACUAUGCAAGAAAAUAGUACCCCCAGUGUAGACUAG